GUAGCGCCCUGGCGCUUGACGACCAUUCUGCCAUGUAUCUUCUUCUUCUUCCGAUUCCGGGUUCCCGGAUAAAAUUUCCGGGUCGAGCGUUUAAGUCGCGAAAGUGUUUUAAUUCUCAAACAGAUUAAUGUGACUCGAAUUCAGGACGAUCUUGAAGAUAUCCCCGGGAAUAUCCUUUCCGACUUGGCCAACUGGCAAACACAUGUUGCGUAACUUUCCCUCAACCAGUAACAAAAUCUUAAAAGAAUCAAUACAACGAAAGCAAUAUAAAGUCUCUGUGAGAAAUAUUAAAGGAAAAUAUUUUUAAAAUAAUUUAAAAAACGUAAAAAUCAUAUUUAUAAAAUCGGCGGAAAAAAUGCCAAAAAAAAGUAUUUAUUAUCAUUUAAAUUGAAAAUGUAUGAAAUUAAAUGCAUUUAAAAUACUCGGAAAUCAAAUUAAACUCCCUCGAUUGGUUCCGGAGAAUUUUCUAAUUUUUCCGGUGAUUUCAAACCGAAUAAUAAAUAAACUAACGCAACAAAAAUGCCGCGUGAGAACUUUGUUGAACGCAAGCAACAAAUUCAGGAACGAUCGCCUAAAUACCAACACCAAUAUACUAACAAUAAUCCUUGUCACCAGAAUCAACAAUUGCACGUCACCCCUAUCGCUAGUAGUACAUCUAAUUGCAUCCAAAACGGUAGUGUCGCGAAACAAAGCGCCAUUGUUGUGGAAACGUGUAAAAGCAACGGUGCUAGUGUGAAUGGGGUUUUAUGUGGGAGGCUUGAAUGGACAGCGGCGCAAUCGCUGGUGAAGCUGAAUUCCAAGGAUAAGGAGAAUGCAACUCAGCUAAUCAAUGUGAAUGCUACGAACUCAAAUUUAACUAACUCCAACACAAGUACCGCUUCUUCCAGCCUGGGGCCUGUCAGUCCAACCGAAGGGACCGUCGCACCUUUGUAUUAUAUCGAAUGUUGUUCAUUACCCGAUGACGAGACAAUGGCAGACACGCGAAAUCACUCAACCACUACCAUAUCAACAGUCCCCGUACUAGCUCAUACCACAGAUUCCAUAGUGUCACUAGCACCGGGGGCACAACCACGGCCUGGAGUACCAUCCAUGGGGUUGGGAGCAGCAGUAACAACAGCGGCAAUAAUAACAACUACAGGCAAUUCAAUACCGGCAAUAGGAUCCAACCAAACUCCUUCCACUCCUCUUUUAUCCACAUCGCCGCCACCUCUUUUGCCCCUGUUGAAAUCAACGCGGAAAGCAUUCAAAUCUGAAGGAAUUUCGGAACAAGUGAUUUUUUAUGCUCCGCCUGCAAAUUAUUCAGAGAAGCGAGAAAAAACGUUGGAAAUUUCAUCGUCGACAACGACUCCUGCGAUAGCAUCGUCGGCGUUAUUGUCGACGUCGUCAACUACGACUGGCUCCUCGUUAUCAGCAGCAUCGACCAUCAACUCCACUUCCGCCGCCAGUGUCUUUCGUGAAAGAAGCGUCGAAGAAACGGAGGCCGCACAUGACCUGCUAUCCUUAUCGCAAAGCCUUCCACCGCUUCCAGCUCCUUGUGUAGUAACCAUCCUGCAGCAACAGGAAGAACCAACUCCAUAUAGUAAUGUUUCGACCAAUUCUACUCGUGUCAUGCAAGAAAUUACCAAUUCACACAAGUCAACAAAUAGCUCUGGACACUACAUUACGAAUUGCCAUAACGGAAAUCAGGAAAGCGAGACCAAAUCCACGGUCCACCUAAAGAGUGGCCGUUUCAAUUCUUAUGAGAACACCACAGACCAUUGCUCACCGCUAACGCCUCCCACGUCCGAGCACUCUUCUGAUAUCGAAGUUGACCAUUCUUCGUCCUCGUCAUCAUCAGAAUCAUCUCAUAAUACUCACCAUCGACUAUCGCACGAUGAACUCUGGAACCCCGAACUGGUGAAGAUCAAAAAGGAAAAGGUCUAUAUAGUGGAUGGCCGAACCAAAGUCGGAAAGACCCAAGAGGAAAGGACUGGAAGCACUCGCCCUACUAAAUCUCGGAAGGGAACCUACAAGUGUUCAGACUGCGGUCGACAGUAUGCAACUUCCAGUAACCUUUCGCGUCACAAGCAGACUCAUCGAAGCCUUGAUUCACAGUCAGCCAAAAAGUGCAACACAUGCGGGAAGGCCUACGUCUCAAUGCCUGCACUGGCUAUGCAUCUUCUGACGCAUAAGCUGGCACAUAGUUGCGGGAUUUGCGGAAAGUUGUUUUCUCGGCCGUGGCUCCUGCAAGGUCACUUACGCUCCCAUACGGGGGAAAAGCCUUAUGUUUGCGUUCAUUGCAGUAAGCCAUUCGCCGAUCGGUCGAACCUUCGUGCCCAUAUGCAAACCCAUUCGUCUGAUAAGAACUUUGAAUGUGAACGAUGUCAUAAGACCUUUGCCCUGAAGUCGUAUCUGAAUAAGCACCUGGAGUCGGCAUGCAUCAAGGAUAGGGAAUCAAUACCCAGCAGCGACGACAACGAGGAAGACAUUGUGGUAACGUAACUUAAGAUUGGAUUUUAAGCAUUGACUCUAGGAAUUAUUCUCCGAAAAGGUUGUUUCAUUCUAUUAGCUUUUAGAAGGAGCAUGUAGGAUACAUUUUAGGGAGGUGGUGAGAGGGGGAGCUUUGCUGUUACACUUUACUUCUUGGAAAGAUUAUAUGAUAGUAUGGUCAAGACUUCAGUAAUUUACUGUGAAGAUAAACUCACUGAAACUGGGGCUAAGAUGGCAAAUUCCAAAAUUUUAAUUUUUUGGAGCUGAAUUUAUUUAAAAGUCAUUGAUGUUAACCCGAUCUGUCGUUCCUUCUUGAUCAACUUUCCACCCAUGACAUAAAAACGGCAAAGUUCACCCCUUCAACUGGCAAGUAGACAUUUUAAACAUAAAAGCAAUACCAAACCUUACAUUUAGUCUUUCGUUUACAUUUUCUUUUCAUCUAUUAUUGAGGAGUACUCAUUGGAAUGAGAAAGAUUACUAAAAAUAUAAAAGAGAUUACCAAAAAAAGAAAUGAUAACUCGAAUCUAGUCAUCACUAGCUCUUACAUAAAAGAGCAGUCGGGACUUCUUCUAGUAAUUUUGAAAUUUUUAGCUGAAUGAUUAUAGGGGACAGAUAAAGAUAUGUAUCGAUAUCUUCACUUACUUCCUUCAUUUUUACCAAAAUUUUAAGGAAAAGCAUCCCCGCAUAGAUAAGAUCGUUCAGGAUUUUGCGUAUCAACGCUGAUCUGGUUUAUUUUUGAACCAUGAAGUUAUUGUAAUAUUUCUCCAAGCUAAUUUCAUUUUGAAAGAAAAGUACUCGUAGAUUUCUCUAUAAAUUAUAAAUAUAUAAAUUAAUAGAUAUAAAUAUUUAUUUUGCAUACCAAUACGUAUUACUCGAAUACAAACAAAAACUGAAGAAAAAACUCCAAAUAUUUAUUUAUCUCUAACACUUAGGUAAAUUAGGUGGACUUAUGCAACGAAUAUUUAGCACGUAAGAGAGUAGAUUACAGAAUAUAUUAUUGUCAGUAAAUAAGAAAACAUUCGUAAAGUUCAUUCAAAGGUUAUAAUCAAAAUAAUGAUAUAAAAGUGUAUUUUACGUGAGGAUAAUAGCGAAAAAUAUUUGAAAUUAUUAUAUAUAUUAUAUUACGGCAGUUUUUAGAGGUUAUAUUCCCGAAUCGUAGGAAUGUAUAUAUAUACACAACACAUAUUUUAAAUGUAAGAUACUUGAAAACAUAGAAGGACUCAUUUUUUAGACAAACUAAGAAACUUUUGCGAUGACACCUUAUUUAGCUGCUGCUUACAAUGAAGAUUUCUGUUCAAGAGUUGAGAAUGUUCGAAGCAACAAAAUCGUUCGUGAAAAAUUAGUCGACAAACCCAAAAACGCAGUUCGGCUAAAAGCCGGCAAAUUCGGGGAAAAAAAUUAGUUUUCCAUCAGCCAGCGUCUGUGCGAGACUAGGUACGAGGGAGCUUUAUUAUGGUACGGGAAAAUAGAGGGAAAAAGAGGAGAAAAGGUUUGAACAUUCAAUCGUACAAGAUUUAUUUGACUCAAAAACUCAAACUAUGUAAAUCAUUCAUUUUAAAUUUGAAUCAUUUGAACUUUACUUAAAAAUUUCUACCCAAAAUCUACCAAUCUUAAAACCCCCGAAAACCUUGAAUUCUAUUUAGUAAUUGAACAUUUAUACACCCUCUCUUUUCUUCAAAUUAACUUCGUAACGCUAUGCACUUUUGCAUG